AUGUGUCUCCCAAACUUUUUCUCAAGAAAACAAAAAGACGGCAAAGAAGAGAUUGAACCACAGCCAUCACCAGUCGAGCCCACGGGCCGGAGAACAGCCGAAGCCACUGCACGUCUAAGCAGCAGCAAAUUCAGAGCCGACGCCAGUCCCAGGCCUUCAUCUGAUGGCCGACUUGGCCCAGGCUACGCCCCAGGCGGGUACGCAUCUUCGCCAUCAGGGGGAGAUGGGUCAGGUGGAGGGUUGUAUGGUGGUAUCCAUGGAGGAGUUUAUUCGGGCGUAAAUGGAGGGCCUAAUGGUGGCGUUUCGGGAGGUGUGUAUGGAGGCGUGUAUGGUGGACCGAGUGGAGGAGCGUUGGGAACGUCGGUGGGAGGAGGGUAUGGGACAUCACCUGGAGGAACAUCGUACCUGUAA